UAAAACCUGACCGGGAGUAUCCGUACCCGCUCUUCCGGGAUUGGAGAAGACGGGAUGGAGAAGCUUCCAUUGGCGACGGAUUGCAGAGUGUUGACGUCUUUGAUGUCUUGAUGGGGAAAACAUGAUUCUGUAAGACACUAGCUGCCUCUAAAAGGUCGACGCCAGUACAGCUGCAGUCUCGAGUCGACAGUGAUAGGCCUCCUUCAUCCAUGGAUAUUCUGGCACCAUUGUUUAAUAGCUUCACCGGUCAAAUUUCCUUCACAUUACCAGGCGGUGCACGUCCGUCCGUAUAUGGUACGUACAGGGCUUCUCGAACGGAACGCCUUUGGAACGGAUCCGUAGAAUGGGUACACUUUGUGUACAUACAAGGUCCUUUAUCCAUGUCGUUGGGCCCAAGUGCCUCCGAAAGUCCCACAGAGAACCGAUUAAGAGUACCCAGGGUUACAUGUUACCCCUUGCAGCCAGAUGUCGUUUCAGGGCGUAGCGAGGUAGACUUGUGUACUCCCAAAAACGGCGGAGGUAUCUCUCCGGGAGGGCCUCAUCUUCACGAGGCGAGACAGGUUAAUCACGAGUGCCAAAUUAUUCGGGCUGUUAUUUUUCGGUCCACUCAGCAAACCCUAUCCGUGCGGCCUGAGGUCACUGAGAUGACGAUAUUUUUGACGGCAUUCACUACUGCUUACCUGGUAUUAUUGAAUGUCAGGCGGGGAACUGAGCGAAAGACAAGUACCCGUCUGGGGAGGAUCAAGGAAGGAAAACGUCAAAAGGCCUUUCUUACCGUGACAGGUUGUUGUCCCCUUUUCAGGGCUGAUAGCGGAUAUUACAGCUCGAUCAUCCCCCCCAACGAAACACCUAAUUAGCUGUGGCCCUAGUGGUCCACAAGCAAGGCAGCCCCCACCCACCACCAACAAAACCCCAAAACGGGUCACCCCGGUUUCCGCCACCACUCAAACCGACCACCACUCCCACUUCACCACGUCGUCAGAAUCCUCCCGCGCGGGCUGGCCCUUCCUCCCUCCUCAUACAACCAAAGGGGGAAGAAAAUAGCGAGAGAAAACGAAGAAAAAUCUGAAGAGCCCGUCAAUACCUACCUAAUUGCACGCCCGAUAGAUUCGCGCCAUUCUCGCUCGACAACUCCCGCAUUCCUCGCUUUUCCUCAACCUGUCAUACUGUGUC